AAAAUAAUCUAUGUAAAAAACACAUAAAUCAUAGAUCUAGAUGUUUUGAUCAUAACAAAUACAAACUGUAAAUCGCUAUGCAUUUCAAUCUAUCCGGACGUUCGCUAUCAGUACUACUGUUACUAUCGUUUGGUUUGGGAUCAGUGUUUGGCUAUCAAGUGAAAACAUUACGGUUAAAAUAUUUGAGACGUAAACGUGAUCGCUUUGCUCGCAAACUGUUUGACACCGAGAUCGAGAUCAAACAACAGCUACAAGUCUAACCCCCACCCCGUUCACCCACCCGCACCAUCUAGUUAAUUUUUUAGAACUUCCUACCCUUCCCUUUAACCCUAACUUAACCUUAAGGUUAACCCUUAAGCUAACCCUGAGUCAACCCUCACAGGUAAACCUUUGCUCCCUUUUUCUACCGUACGUUUAGUUCCUUUUAACACAAGCUAUGCUUAUUGUAAUACACGGCGGAGCGGCAAAGUCGGCGACCCCGCACGUGCCGCUCAAGUUGGCCGGCGUUAAACUGGCCGCACGUGUCGGCUACCGAGUGCUGGCCAGCGGUGGGACGGCUGUGGAGGCCGUGGAGGCAGCCGUCCGAUCGCUCGAAGACGACCCUAUCAUGAAUUGCGGCUAUGGCUCAUCGCUGACCAGCGCCGGCACUGUCGAGUGCGACGCCAUUGUGAUGGACGGCCGGACAAUGAAGUCGGGCGCUGUGGCCGGUGUCGAGCGAGUCCCGCAUCCGAUAUCGUUGGCCAGGGCUGUGAUGGACAGCACCGACCACUGCCUGAUGAUAGGCGCCGGUGCCGAGCGCUUGGCGCAGGAGGUGGGCAUCGAGUUAGUAGACAACCAGACACUGGUGCACGAGUUCGCACAGAAACGUUUGAAUGAAUUCAAGACAUUUCAGCGAACAUUAAUUGAAGAUCGGCCCCAAACGGACGACCCCUCUGACCACUCGCACCCGACACCCGGUGCUGACAACCCUGUGGUCAAAGAGCACGACACAGUGGGCGCUGUGGCCGUGGAUCGGGAAGGCAACUGCGCUGUGGCCACCUCUACGGGCGGCAUAACUGGCAAACGGGUCGGUCGAGUGGGUGACAGUCCUAUCAUAGGGGCCGGCGGUUACGCUGACAACACAUCGGGCGCUGUGUCCACCACUGGUGAAUCUCUCUCUCUCUCUCUCUCUCUCUCU